UGUUGCCCUAGGCAGAACAGAACAGUGAGACAAUCAAGGCAGGGCGAAAGGCCAGGGAAGGACAAAGACGCAAGCGCGCACGCAUCAACCAAGGGGGCCCUAGACCCCUCACACUAGGUCGCUGCUGCGUAGCGGCGAAACGACCAACCCUGAACUUUCGAAAUAAGGUAUCACAUGCCCAUAUCGUCCAACAUCAAGCAUCCCCACAUCAUUCCUCGACUGCAUCUAAAGACAUGUACUGCAGUGCCUUCUUACAACGCCAUCAUCGGGCACCACGACACAUGCUAAACCGAUAAUUUGCUCAGUGGGUUGGUUGUCUUUGGUUUUAGAGGGAUCCCAGACGAGUGUGGAUUCAGGAAUCGGAUUUGUGACUCAACACGAGAGAGUUGUUGAGAGGUGCUGAGAGUUGUUUUGAAUUGAGUGGGAUUGAUACGCCAUGGCGGCACUCAAGCAAGCUGCCAGUCUGCGAGGUGUGCAAGGCCGCUCCUGGUUGGACUCAUUGACCUUGACGUCGGGGAAGGCCGAGAAUAUGGCGUCCGUUUCGAUGGGUGCCACUAGGAGGAGUUACCGGAUGGUUGCUGUGCAUGCUGGAGUGUCUGGGGGAAAGGCCGUGAAGCCUGCGCAGGAGUCGCCACAUGAUGGGACGAUCAAAAGCGUUGAGCGCGUGAUAACCGAUGAUGAGUCUCCCAAGCCCGGUUUUCUGAAUGGGCGUGAAGGUUCUGCGGAGGCCACUGUUUCUAUUACUGUUGUGGGUGCUUCGGGAGACUUGGCGAAGAAAAAAAUCUUCCCAGCUUUGUUCGCUCUCUACUACGAAGGCUGCUUACCCAAGCAUUUCACCAUAUAUGGAUUUGCUCGGAGCAAGAUGACGGAUGAACAAUUGCGAGAGUUGAUAUCUGGAACACUCACAUGCCGUAUUGAUCAAAAAGAAAACUGUGGAGACAAGCAAGAGGAGUUUUUGAAGCGGUGUUUCUAUCACUCUGGGCAGUACAGUUCUGAGGAGAGUUUUAGUGAGCUUUCUAGAAAACUGCACGAACAUGAGGGCGGCAGGGUGGCGAACAGGUUAUUUUACCUCUCUAUUCCCCCUGAUAUCUUUGUUGAUGUGGCCCGAUCUUCAAGUAGUGCUGCAUCUUCCAAAAAUGGUUGGACGCGCGUCAUCGUAGAGAAGCCAUUCGGUCGGGACUCAGAAUCGUCAGCAGAACUCACAAAGGGUUUGAAGCAGUACUUAAAUGAAGAUCAAAUUUAUCGAAUCGAUCAUUAUUUGGGAAAGGAGCUCGUGGAGAAUCUGUCAGUACUGCGGUUCUCGAACCUUGUCUUCGAGCCUCUCUGGUCACGUCAAUACAUCCGCAACGUCCAAUUCAUAUUUUCUGAAGACUUCGGAACAGAAGGACGCGGAGGCUACUUUGACAAUUACGGCAUCAUCCGGGAUAUUAUGCAAAAUCAUCUUCUGCAGAUUCUGGCUUUGUUUGCGAUGGAACCUCCUGUCAGUCUGGAUGCUGAAGACAUACGAAACGAGAAGGUGAAAGUUCUUAGAUCCAUGAGAAAACUCGACAUGGCUAAUGUGGUAAUAGGUCAAUACAAGGGGCACGUCCGAGGUGGUGUCAAGUAUCCUGCCUAUAUUGAUGAUAAAACCGUCCCGAACAACAGCAAUACACCCACAUUUGCUGCAGCUGCUCUCUUUAUUGAUAAUGCUCGUUGGGAUGGAGUUCCAUUUUUGAUGAAGGCCGGCAAGGCUCUGCACAAAAGAGGGGCCGAAAUUCGAGUGCAAUUCAGGCACGUGCCGGGCAACCUGUACAAGCGGAGUUUUGGGACAGAUCUCGACAAAGCAACCAAUGAGUUGGUGAUCCGUGUGCAGCCUGAUGAGGCUAUCUACCUGAAAAUUAACAACAAAGUGCCAGGUCUAGGCAUGAGACUGGACCGUUCGAAUCUCAACUUACAUUAUGCCGCAAGGUACGAUAAGGAAAUUCCUGAUGCAUAUGAGCGGCUUAUACUGGACGCUAUUGAGGGUGAGCGAAGGCUGUUCAUCAGAAGCGACGAACUAGAUGCUGCGUGGUCAUUGUUUACCCCACUCCUCAAAGAGCUGGAGAUCCGAAAGGUCUCCCCAGAGCUAUAUCCCUAUGGUAGCCGUGGUCCAGUAGGUGCCCACUAUUUAGCUGCCAAAUACAAUGUGAGGUGGGGCGACAACAGCUUUGAGCCCACUGAGGAUUGAAGCACAUCCCUCCAUGUCUGCAAAUUGAAUUUCCUCAAAACCAUCUAUCAUUCCAUAGAUUAUUUUACUACAACAUCAAAGUACCGUAGGCUAGUCAAGCAACUGGGCUCCUCCUCCCCUCUGUAUACACCCAACUAGUACUGUCCUCAAGCCUGCUAUAAUGGUGCGACACAAAGCGAGUUUUAAAAACUGUGAAGCCACCAAAUCUUGUAGCAGGUGGAACACGGUGACGGGAAAAGAAAAGAAAAGAAAAGAAACUACGGCUCAAGCCGAAACAGAGCUUCCCCCAACCCAUACACAAUGCAAUAUCUGUACAGCUAAUUCUACUCUCCAA